CCCCCACCCAACCUCCCUCCCGUCUGGUGCUGCCCGGGGCGCGUGGUACCUCCUGCGCAGCCAAACCACAAACCCCACCCACCACCGGCUCCUCCUCGUCUGAAGCUGACUCCAGUCUCCACCUCGCUCCCUUCUCCACUUCCCUCGCCUCGCCGCCGACCACCGUCGGAGUCCCUCGCCCUUUCCCGCCGCUUCGGCCCCCGCCUCUGCAGGAGCUAGGGUUCCGGCGCCGUGCGCCGGGGUAUGAGCAGCAGCCGCCGCCCCGCAGGAUCUAGGGUUCCGACGACUGCGCUCACGGAUGGAGGGUGUUAGAAGGGCGGGCGAAUCCCCCUCGGCAUACACCCAUGGAUCAUGAUGAUACUGAUUUUCAGAGCCAAAACUUUCAACUAGCUGGUGAAGACAAUAGCAAAUUCCCAUCGGGCUUGCGGCCAUUUGCACUGCCAAAACUUGAUGAUGACCAACUACAAGGCCACCUUCGAUUUGAUAAUUUGAUAGAUUCAGAAGUAUUUUUCAGCGUACAAGGGCAUGAGAGUAGUUGGAUUGACGUUUUAUCCAUUGGAAGUAGCGCUGUUGAUUUUAGUUCUAGUGCUGCUGAAUCUUGCUCCAUUUCUAAGACUAAUAAUGUCUGGUCAGAGGCGACAUCUACAGAAUCUGUGGAAAUCUUAUUGAAAUCAGUGAGAGAAAAUAAGAUGACUGAUAACAUGGACGGUGAUGCACAUCUUCAGUUUAGUGGUAUGAACAGUCAAAUUGAUGCAUCCAACGUGCAGCCUAAAUCCAGAAACUCUCCAACAGAUGGCACUGUAGUGCCAACUGAGAAUGAUCAGUCUCAGAGCACUCAUUCUAGAAUGACAGAUGAUCCUGAUGGUUCUCGGAACACUAAUUCUAGAAUGACUGACAAUCCUUCAAGCACCCAACCUCAGCUUGAACAUUUUGUACCUUUAUUGAUGGACGAGAAAACUGAACAGGCAGCAGGGUCAAUUUUAUCAGAUAGGAACUCGAACUUUGUGUUGGAUUCUGUUGCUGAGAAGUGCAUUGUAAGUGAUAAGUUGUCCUCUUCUUCAAACAACACAUCAGAAAGCUGCCCAGCUGCUGGCGGCUAUUUCAAGGUGGUUCAUGAUGACCAUUCUUUGGACAAACUCAGUGUACCCUCAGCUGAAGUAGAUUCUAGGAAGAUGAAUAAUGAACCUUUUCCAGAAUUAGCUCCACUUGAGAACAUUUAUGUCACUGAUUCAUACCACUUUGAGCAAGAUAAUCAAGAGUCUGAGGUCAGUAUUACUCAGGAUUCAAAGAUUUGUCAUAUCAAUGAAAAUAAAGUCGAAGGAGGACUACAUGAAUUGCAAAAUUUGUCAUGUACUGGUCAGCCUUUGGGCGCUGUGAAGUUAUCCAGUCAAGUAAGCAAUGAAACUCUACUGUCAGAAAGUUCUGACGGAUUACUAGAGGCCAUUACGAAUCCGAUUAAGAUGCUGCACAGGAAUGAUGAUACUUGUAAUAGAGUCAGCAGCACUCUGCAACCAUCUUUUCCACCAAUACAACAUGCAGCAGAAGGCUUGAAAAGUUCAGUUGACAGGAACAAUGAACUCAUUAAGGAGUUUGCUAUUGGUUCCAAUUCUGCUCUAUCUAACCAAUCUGAGGUAGACACGAGAAAUUCUAAUCCUCAUCUUGUUACUUCUUUGUCAACUGAAAGCAGCAAGAUGAUUCAAUCUCCCAAAAAAAACUUUGCUCAUGCCACUGGUGUUCCUGAAGAAACAAAGAAUGCUUGGGCCAAUAGUACAAACAUCUUCAGUGGUGAUGAAUCAAAACUUAGAGUGUUGGAGCACCAUCAAGAUUCUGUUGAUAACCUAAAAAGUGGUGCCAUGGAAGAAAAGACAAUCAGGGAGGAAAUGUCAGCAGUUUCAGGAAAUAUUGAGCAAAUGGUGGAAAGUGGUCACGAGGAAAAUGCAACAGGUGCUACUGGUACAUCAAAAGAUAAGUUUGAUUCUUCGGAGCGUACUGCACCUGAUAAUUUUUCAGCUGACAAAUUGGAUACUUCAGAGGUUCCAAACAUUCGCUUGGUAAAUCAUGAGGGGUCAUUCAAGGAAGGUGACACGCCUGCUUCAGAGGAGCCUGAAAACACAUGUUUGGUCCUAACUGCUUCUGGGCCUCAAGAGAAAAUGUCAGCACCAUUUAUCAAUUCAAGAAGUGAUAUCGUGUCUACCACUGUUACUGACACUCCCGAUAAUUCAGAGGAUAAAAAUGAUUGUUCAGGAGGUGUUUCUCCUGAUGAUUCUUCUGCUGCUUUGCCUGAUGAGAAGGAUUCGAGAAUGUCCACAAUGAAUUAUGAGGGUUCAUUCAAGGAAGGUGCUAAACCCGCUUUAGAAGAUGAAGACCACAAUGUUAUUUCUCCUGGCUCUGAACCAGGUGGAGAAUUGCCAGCAGUGUCAGUGAACUCAGACAUUAAUGUUAUCUGUAGUGGUACUGUUUCUGCUGCAAAAAAGGCGGAAUACAAGGAGCAGGCUAAUUCUUUGGGUGGUUUGAGCACAGGAGAAACUCAGGAUAAAUCAGGCAACCAUCCAGAUGCUUAUUCACAGGAAUGCCAGAAUGACGGACCUUCGAUACAAUCUGAACAUCAUACAGAUCCAGUCACACCAUCCGCAUUAGGCAUUUCAACUGACAAGGCUGUUGAAAAUAUUGUAGAAACUCCACUGAAUACAAGGGAUGAUUUGAAUGCACAUGUGCAAGAUACAGUUUUAAGUCAUGAUACAUAUCAUAGUCCUGGUACUGUUCCAUCCCAAGGCAAGCUAGACUCAAGCUUAUUAGAACCUGGGAACGGAGACAGAAUCUGCUCUGAUGCUACAUGUGAUUCCCCUUCAGUAAUUAGUUGCACUGAGCCCUCUCCCCAAGAAGGUGGACAUGACAGCAACACUAUGGUUCAUCAGACGCUAGAUGAACAAUCUGAGGAUCCGAAAGAUAGUGAAGCCUUAGCUGAUGCUACCCAGAGCUCAAAACAAUGCUCUACCAGAUAUGUAAAACCUACUCCUGGUUCUGAGGAUACUAAUUCAGCAGGAGAUGAUAGAAGUUUCUCAUUUGAGGUGGGCGCUCAACCAAAUGUAUCUGAGAAAGCUCAUAGCCCUGCUUGGAGCCCUUUCCCCAGAUACAAAGCUUCUCAGAGCACCGAGGUAACCACAGAAAGCCCUCACCCUGGAAGUUCAUUGAAGAAUACCAUUGAUGAUAGUAAAAAAACAUCUAUUGUGAAGGCUGGUAAAAAACAGCUGUCAGAAAGGAAAGUGAAUGGAAGUGCUGGGGGGGCCUCAGACAACUCUAAUAUUGGCGACAGCACUAAGACUAAAAGUUCACCGCCUGAGCAGUCACAACAGCAUCCAACCCCUGAGUGCUCUGAUUUGGCUAAUCUACCUUUCACAGAUGCACAGCAUUUGCAGCUACGUGCACAGAUAUUUGUUUAUGGAGCUCUUAUCCAAGGAACACCUCCAGGAGAGGCUUACAUGUUGGCAGCUUUUGGAGAACCUGGUGUUGGUAAGCCUACAUGGGAGGUAGCUUGGCGAACUGCUCUUGAAAGAUUUCAGUAUCAGAAACCAAUUUUUCCUGGCUUAGAGACCCCCACAAGCUCACGUAUAGGUAGUUGUGUGUCUGAAAAAGGUAGUAAGAGUACAACAGUUAGAACUGCGCCAGCUAGCAAAAAAGUUGGCAAAACAGUGCUGCCAGCACAUUCUGCUGUAGCCCUGCACUCGCCAACUUUCAAUGCGCCUCUUGGUAGUUCUGCAUUUAACCUGCAACGAGGUACUCAUCUGGAGUUUAGCCAGGCUGUAUCACCAGCAUUUACAUAUAAUUCACACAUGAGGCAGCCUUCUCCUGGUGUUGCGUCCUGGUAUCCUCAGAGCCCUGGUCCACGUCCUGUGCCCUGGCUGGUUCCACCACAAAACUUAAUAUUUGAUUCAUCGAUGCAACCAGCUGUGCCUACAAAUGAAACUACAAAGGGAGCAUCUUCCAAAAAUAUAUCCAUUUCACAUGCUGUUUCACCUGGGGUGUUUCUUCCCAGUCCAGCACCUUCUAUUGUUUCUCCUCCAUCAGCAGUCGUACAUGAGGAAAAACAGAAGGCACCAGCAUCUACUUCUAAGCAUGGAACAGCAUCGCAAAAGCCAAGAAAAAGAAAAAAAGCUUCAGCAAGUCCAGAACAGCAAGCUGUCAUUCUUUCCCCUCAGCUCAAAACGGACAUAGCGUCUUUUACUCCUGCCGCUAAGCAUACAGCAGGCUUCACCUUAUCUACUCAUUCCCCAAGCAAUGCUUUGUGCAGCGAGCUUGUUUCUAGCACAGGUCAGAUCACCUCUGUGCCUAACUACCAGAUUACUGGUACUGUGGAUGCUGAGCAAAGAAUCAUCUUUUCAGAACAGAUCCGUGGCGCAAUAGAACAAUCAGCAGGACAAGCCAAAGGUGCAAGUAUGCAUUCUAUGGAGGCAGUUAGGCACAAAGAAAGCGUAUGGAGCCACCUAUCCACAAUCGCAAGAAACAAGGUACCUCCAGAAGUUGAAGAGAAGCUUACCUCAGCUGCAGCUGCUGCUGAAGCAGCAGUUUCUGUUGCAAAGGCAGCUGCAGAAGCUGCCAAGAUGGCGUCGGAGGCUGCAUUGCAGGCAAAAAUGAUGGCAGAGGAAGCUCUUAGCUCUUCUAAAUUUGUCAAUUCCUUGCAAAGUCAUGAAGCUGGUAAACUUAAUGUCAAUAGCAAUCCACAUAACUUGUCAAGUUCAACACCGGCGUCGUCUUGGAAAAUUAAGGACAACAGUCAUGCCCCGGGUUCCAUCGUUUCGGUGGCACGAGAGGUUGCUAGAAAGAGGGUUGAAGAGGCAUCUGCAGCUGCAAAACGUGCAAAAAACUUGGAUGCCAUACUGAAAGCUGCAGAGCUUGCUGCAGAGGCCGUGUUCAAUGCAGGAACCAUUAUUGGAAUGGGUGAACCUCUACCAUUUACUCUAAGUGAGCUUUUGGAAGCUGGUCCGGAUGGAUACUGGAAGUCUGAGCAAGCAAGGAAUAAGAAAGCUGGAAGUGUCAAUGAUAAUCCAGUAACAGAAACAUUGGAGGUAGAUGUGCCUGCUGAUCUAAAAAAACCUGGUCGGAAGCGUGGCCGGAAACCUAAAUACGAUCAAGCACUACUGAAUUCGGAGCCAUCUUCAAGUGGCAAAGAAUUGCAGCUAGAUGGAAGGCACUCAGGACAUGGGGUCAAAGAUGUUCCCACCACCACAUCGCUUGAUGGUAAAAGUAAUGAUAUAGCACCAAUAAGCAUUAUCUGGAAUGGCAUUGAAAAGGGAUCUGCAGUUGAGGUUUUAUCUGACAAGGGUGGGUUUGGAGUAGCUUGGUUUUCUGCCAAGGUUGUUGAUAUAAAUGAAAGUAGUGUUUUCAUCAGCUAUGACAACCACAAUGAAGGAAUUGGUCCUCGCGAAGAAUGGGUGCCAUUUAAACAAGAGGGUGAAAAGGCGCCUCAAUUACGCCUUGCUCAUCCUGCUACCCUCUCUAAAUUCAAAACUAGGAAGCGUCGUAGGGAAACUGCAGGAAAUUGUUCCUGGGUUAUUGGAGAUCAUGUAGAUGCUUGGGUCAAAGAUAGUUGGCGAGAGGGAAUUAUUGCUCAGAAUUAUGAAGCUGAUGGAACAAAAUUUGUUGUACAAUUUUCUGCGGGAGGUGGUGCUGAUUCUUUAGUUGUUGAUGCUUGGAAUCUUCGUCCAUCACUUGUUUGGAAAGAUGGCCAGUGGACAGCGUGGUCCCGAGCAAGAGAAAUGAAAUCUAAAUCUAAUAAGGGUGAUUCACCUCUUGAGAAACGCCGAAGGACAGGCCUGCAACAAGCAGGUGGCGAUCUACCUAUUGGUGGUGGAGCAGGAGGUCCUCCUAACGACAAGAGUACCAACAAUGCAAAAAAGCCAGAGGAGCCAAAGCCACUGGCUUUGUCUCAGACGGACAUGAUUUUCAACAUUGGGAAGAGUGUAGUUGAGAAUAAAACAGAUGCUCUUGCAUUCAAGCGGCCUGGAUUACAGAAAGAAGGAUCAAAGGUUGUCUAUGGUGUUCCAAAACAUGGAAAGAAGAAGAAGUUUAUGGAAGUAAGCAAACAUUAUGUUGCAGGCCAAGCUGACAAGAUUUCUGAGGGUAAUGCACCUAACAGAUUUGCGAAACAUUUUAUGCCACAAUUGCCAAGACCACGGGACAAUACUUCCAAAGUUGAUCAGAGAGGAAGGAGGGUAGGCGAGAUGAGGUCUAGAAUACCUAAAUCUUCAAAGUCUCAGAAUGUUGCAGCUAACAGUGUUCCCGACAAGGAUCCUUUACCCUUGUCUGUCCCAAAUUCUGGUGUUUCUGAAAGGAGUUCUGCUUUUGCGGGAAGUAUGUCAAGUGCAUCAACCUCUGAUAAGCCCACUGUAGAAAAAAACAAAGCUGCGCUUGGUGCUGGCCUUAGAACUGAAGACCCUUCUGUUUCUGAAAUGCAAACUGCAUCAACUGUUCCUACUUCCAAGCAGAAUGUGCACACUACUAAUCGAACUAAAAGGAAAUAUGUUCCUACUGUGGACAACUUGAACAGAAGUAACCUCAAAACUUCUGAAAGGACUACUACUGAUUCUGGUGAACCCCGGAGAUCCAACCGGCGAAUUCAACCAACUUCAAGGUUACUGGAGGGUCUGCAAAGUUCUCUUAUAAUUUCUAAAGUUCCUGCCGAGAAGGGUCCUAGGAGCCUUUACAGAGGUCCUUCGUCAAGAGGAAGAGCUCAUGGCUGAGAAAAGGUGCCAUAGUGCUAUUUUUGGCGAGACAGCUCUCCGUUUUGUACAUAACCGUAGCUUGCCGAGUAUGGAAGCAGAAGGAUAGAAUCGGAGUAAAAGGCUCUAUCGGAGCACAAGGAUUCAGAUGUGUUAUAAACUAGCUUUAAGUUAUUAGCCUUAUCAUGUUUCCUUUUUUUGUCUGCACCGGACAGAAGAACUCUUCCGUGUUGUAGAAUAGCCAUUAAUAUUUUAGAACCUCCUUUUAGUCUGUAUGGAAUUAUGGAUACAUUGGGAAAGAAAUUGGGUGUGGUUUAAAUUCA